CUAGUUCUUGAUAAUAAGAAAUAAAGAGGCAGCCAGGUGGGAAGAAGAGUUGAUAUUGAUAUGAGAGCUCCUUCUCCCCCUUUUUAAAGAGACCGAGGAAGAGAAAAAUAGAGAGAAAAAAGAGGGACACAAAGAAAGAAAGAAAAGAAAAGAAAAGAGAAUGGUAUCAAGGGAGCAGAAAAGAGGGGCAGUACUGCAUGAGAAGUUGCAACUUCUUCGUUCAAUCACUAAAUCUCAUGCUAUUAGUGAAAGCUCAAUCAUAGUGGAUGCAUCAAAGUAUAUUCAAGAAUUGAAACACAAAGUGGAAAGGCUUAAUCAAGACAUUACUACUACUGCCCCUCAUACUUCUAAUAACAACGCUACUUCAUGGCCCCAAGUUGAAGUGGAAACCCUAGAAAAAGGUUUCUUGGUAAAUGUAUAUUCAGAAAGAAGUUGCCCUGGCUUGCUUGUUUCCAUAUUAGAAGUUCUUGAGGAACUUGGCCUUAACGUGCUCGAAGCUAGGGUUUCUUGCACUGACACCUUUCGUUUACAAGCAUUUGGAGGAGAGAAUGAAGAAGCUAUCAUUAAUGCCCAAGUGGUGACGGAGGCAGUUUUUGAAGCUAUUAAGAACUGGAGUGAAAGCAACGAGCAAGGCUAAUUAUUAAUCAAUCAAUGUACCUUAGCUAUUACUAUGAUCUCUCUUUUGUUCUUAAUUUCUCUUCAAAUUUAAUUCCCCCUCAUCUUCCUAGCUAUAUAUUAUAGUUAUAUUAAUCAGGAAUUAUUGGAUAGUCCAUUAAUUCAUCCAUCUUAAUGAUCAAAGAUCAUUCAUUUUGCCCAGUCA